CAACUAAGGUGUUGUGUGUAUCAGAAUUCAAUAGAUUUAAAAAAUUCAAACCAUAUCGUAAUGCACCUAACAACCAGUAGCGAACUUCCGGCAAUGGGAGACCAUAAAUGUAUUGCCUUAGAAUCAAGAAACUAUCACCAAUGGCAUUAUUGGCCCUCAUUUGGUCAAGUGAAGUUCAUUUUCUUGGUUGGUUUAGCUUUCUUGAUGUUGCCUAAUUCAGCCGCUUAUGACCCAUUAGAUCCAAAUGGGAACAUAACCAUCAAAUGGGAUGUGAUGUCUUGGACACCAGAUGGUUAUGUGGCUACAGUAACCAUGAGCAACUUCCAAUUGUAUAGGCAUAUCAUGAGUCCUGGCUGGACUCUGUCAUGGUCAUGGGCUAAAAAAGAAGUAAUAUGGUCAAUGGUGGGAGCUCAGGCAACAGAACAAGGAGAUUGUUCCAAGUUCAAAGGAAACAUACCACAUUGCUGCAAGAAAACUCCCACCGUUGUGGACUUAUUGCCUGGAGUUCCUUAUAACCAACAAUUCACCAAUUGUUGCAAGGGAGGUGUAGUUGCAGCCUGGGGACAGGACCCUUCAUCUUCAGUCUCAGCCUUUCAGGUCAGUGUUGGACUCGCCGGAACAUCUAAUAAAACAGUAAAACUGCCCAAGAAUUUCACUUUGCUUGGUCCUGGACCUGGCUAUACCUGUGGCCCCGCAAAGAUUGUGCCCUCUACUGUAUUUUUCACACCUGAUAAUCGGCGAAAAACUCAAGCACUCAUGACUUGGAAUGUAACAUGCACUUACUCACAGUUUCUAGCCUCCAAGAAUCCGAGCUGUUGUGUCUCCUUUUCGUCUUUCUACAAUGAGACAAUCACUCCUUGCCCUUCUUGUGCCUGUGGUUGCCAGAACAAGCACAAUUGUAUAAUGAGUAACUCCAAGGAAGCUCAUAAAAAAGGAAUAAACACACCAAAGAAGGAUAAUACACCAUUGCUACAAUGUACACAUCAUAUGUGUCCGGUUCGAGUGCAUUGGCAUGUGAAGGUCAACUACAAGGACUACUGGCGUGCAAAGCUCGCUGUUACUAAUUUCAACUACCGGCUGAAUUACACACAGUGGACACUCGUUGUUCAGCAUCCUAAUCUCAAUAAUGUCACACAAGUUUUCAGCUUUGAUUACAAGCCUCUUGUACCCUACGAAUCGAUAAAUGAUACUGGUAUGUUCUAUGGCAUGAAGUUCUAUAAUGACCUUUUAAUGGAAGCUGGUCCUUUCGGAAAUGUUCAGUCCGAGGUGCUUCUUCGGAAAGAUAAGAGCACUUUUACUCUGAAGCAGGGAUGGGCAUUUCCCAGGAAAGUUUACUUCAAUGGUGAUGAAUGCAAGCUGCCACCACCUGAUGCAUACCCAUAUCUGCCAAACUCUGCAUGUUCAAAUACAGUUGCAUUUUCGACAAUUGCAGCUUCUUUGGUCUUGAUUUUACUAUCACUUUGGUGGUGAAUCAUCAAUGGUAUAUAAAACCAUUAUUCACUCUCAUCUACAGAUUAAAAGGAACAUGUGUUCAAGCGUGCCAUAUUGAUGGUUCAUUUGGAGAAAUCUUUUAUCUUAGUGAAUAAUUAUGUAAAAGCUACAAUACAUACCAAAAACACCCAUAGAGCAUCUCCAAAAAAUCAAAUAUGUUUCAUUUUCUAUUUCCCAUCUGCCAUUUCUAGUUUUUGUAGCAUCAGCCAUAGAAGUAAAGAAAAUAAAUCUGCAGACAAACAUAUUGAUAGGAAUAAAUGCAUUAAUCAAUUGUAAAUUCUUAUUACAAUAAGAACACAUGCUGUGAAUAUACUACAGACAAAUAUUUUAAGCGUUUAUCAUAAAUAACCAUAAACAUAAGUACAGUUUUACUUUAUCAAAUAAAAGAACAUAUAGAAUAACAGCUAUCACCCGACAAAAAUUGUAGGAAAAAAAAAAA